AUGCCAACAAUGGCCCAAAAGCGGAAGAAACGCUCUGAUAAUGUGAUGGUGAUGCCGGUGAUCCUGAUUUUUUUGCACACCCUGUCCUUCGCAUCACCUGCUCUGACAAACAUGGAUCAUCAUCUCGGGUUGUCCCAAACUUCCUCAAUAUCAUCAUCACCCCUAUCAUCAUCAUCAUCAUCAUCAUCAGCAGCAGCAAUAUUGUCAGCUAAUGACAGAGGGAUUCAGUCUUCGACUUCAAGUCCGAUCCAGACGUUUUCCCGUAGUAGGGACGACCACUUGUUCAGCCCGUCGUGCAAACAUGACAGAGACAUGUACACCUUGGAUCCUAGUCUUGCAUCAGACAGACUGAGACAAGAACCUUGCAUCAAACAAUUGCUGGAGUCUGAGUGGCACACCAGGUAUUCAAAAGAUGGAAAUCGUCGUGGAAGCGUGACCCGAAUCAAUGGUUGCACUGACUGCAGAAGCAACGACACCCAGGACAUUGCUGCCAACCUUGCCUGGUGUCUGUCGUUGCGAAACGAGAAUUGCUGUUCGUGUCUGUUCCGACUUCGCCCCUGGUUGAAUGCCAAACAAAUGCCGACGAUGGAACCAGGAAUUCCUCCACUCAAAAACGGCACAUUUCCUCUGACAGGGCCUGUCAAUUUGACAGCGACGGAAAGACAUUCGCCGCCGCGAUUCUUCAAACCAGACAGAACACCGACUGUCAUUAGCAAUCAACACCUGUUUGUCCACAACGAAGUUCCAACAGAAACGGGAGACGUUUCAGUCAGAGGUAACCCCAUCACAGCUGCUCACCAAAAGCCCGUUGACCUAGCAUUAGAAGACAUCCAAAGAAGACUGGGUUCAUACGCCCCCAAGAUGUUGUACAGCGACCCCAACAAUUAUUUGCUCAAAAAUCGAAAGGAGGAUUCACCAGUAGACAGAUUCAACAAACAAUCUGCUCGCAGCCCCCACGACCCCAAAACCGGAGACGACAUUCAAAACAUUUUACUGAAUCCCAUCGCUUGGAUCAACAAAUUAUCCAAAUUCAAGCAGCCGCCAUCAGCAUUAGCAAGCACUAAAACCGGCAUCAUCGGACUGAUUGCCGAGAAAAACAAACUCAGCUCCAACGUGACAACAACAACAACAACAGUGUUGCCAUCAGCAUGGGCCAAUGAGAGGCCCAAAGAGAUCCUCGAUCCCUUCCCACACGUGCAAAACAUUGCCCUGGCAGCUGAAAAGAUCCUCAGGCUCCUGGAAACCAAGGCGUCCAAGUGCGCGAAUAAAACAAAAAUGAAAGACUGCAUCCUGCAUUACAGUCCCAACAAUCAAACUGCUGAACAAACCACGAAUUAUUUCAAGCGUUUGGAAAACCGACUCAGAGCGUGUCAACAGCAGUUGGAGUUUUGCUCUUCGCAAGUUGAUGACGGGCCGCCAUCUUUGGCCAAGUCUGCUGGGAGUAAUAAUGUGUCCAUCGGUGACAGUGCUGUUGGAUCUGCUGGGAAACAGAAUUCAUCCAGCAACACUGUGACACAUGGGUCAACAACUGAGCUGCAGGGCCAGAUUGCUGCAGAUGGUCUGGAACAAGCAACUACAAAGCUAACAACAGGAAAAGACCCAUUGCUUGCCCUUGGGAUCCCUGAGGUACCCAUCAUGGCAUCUCAACAGGAUAUGAACAGUGCAUCUCUGACCCAUGAAACUGUGGAGGACUUGUUCAAAAAGAUAGAUGAGUUCAAAGCAGUGACUAAAAAGGCAUUGUUGGUGCCAGAAGUCCAAGCUGCUGCUUUACUCAGAAAAGCAUCUUUACCAGCAAGCACCACCACCACAAUAACCACAAAACCAUCAUCACCACCACCAACAACAGCUACCCCCUCAACAACCACAAGUACCACUACCACCACCACCACCACCAUCCCAACAACAGCAUAUAAUACUGUACCCACAACCAAAUAUAUCCCAUUAACAUCCAAGUUACAGCCCACAAGUGCUCUGUCAUCUGCAGAAAAGGCCAUGAAGUUGCUGGAGGAACUAGACAAAAAGCUGUCCAGUGAUCCAGAACACAACAGAACAGAGCUGCUGAAUAUUUAUGAAACCCUAAGACAGAUAAGGAUCAGGGUCUCUGCCAAAGCCAACAGAACCACUGGGGAACUAGCAUCAGAACCAACCAAGGCAACCCAGCAAACUACCCUACAUCCCAUGGUCAAUCCAAUUGGACAAACCCAUGAAGAAGAUUCCUUAGAACCCACCAGGAUUGUGACUGUGAUUGAAUAUGUCACUGAUGAUCCUGAUGAGGAACAAAUACUUGUCAAACCCACGUCCAUAGAUAUUGAGCAAAUGGCAAAGGAAGCAGCUGAUGAACGCUUUUUCACCAAGAAGACUGAGUUCUUUGAUGGAAUAGAUAAUGAGGCAUUUUCUGGCGCUCAAUCUGGUUUGUUAGAGGGAGAUAAGAAGUCAAGCUACAGUAAAUUAGGAGGGAAUAAUAAGGUUAGCAUUAGCAACAGUAAUGGAAGGGCACAAGCUGGAGAAGCCCUGAAUGAAGUCAUGAGGGUGCCUUAUGACAAGAAAAUUGAAACAUAUUCGGGAAGACAACAGAAUGUGAGACAUAAGCAUAUUAUGAAGCAAUUAAAUGGCCCUCGAUUCACGCAACAGGAUUAUUACAACAACAACAACAAUAAGCAAGAAAACGACCAUCAACCAAGACGGGUACAUGCACAAGACCCCUUGUACCAAAGUCGCCAGCAAAGCAGACAGUCCAUGACCCUGAUGAACCCCCGAGGCCCAGAACCCAAUCAGGCCAUGUUCCAAUUAGCCAAGGCCUAUCGCAACUACGCAUCCAAACUCCAACCCAGGAAACCAGUAGCAGUAGCAGCAGCAGCACCUUUCCAGCAAGAAAUGCAGAGGAAAAUCCCCAACAUAAUCAACAACAACAACAACAAUUUCAAAGGUGCAGUGGAGCAAAAAAAUGGCCUGGAAAAGCAUUAUGGAGAAGACUCUGUCAGCUGUGACAUCCCCAUGUACCAUGAAGACACCUGGAAACAGGGUGUGUCAUCAUCAUCAUUGGGUCAAAAGCAGUACCAUCAACUGAAACAUAUUAAACCCCCACCACCGCCACAAGUAGUACCACCUCGUGCACCAGCACAGCAUGCAGAUCAUCCUGCUGCACAGGUUCAGGAUCCCCAGGGAUUAUCUCUCGGAUCCAAACCAAGAGGAUCCCGGGCAUCAAAAGAAUUCCAGAUGGGUUGGACAAGCAGUGAAAGACCUUAUGAACCAGCUGGGGAUCCUCAGGCAUAUGUGAUGGAGCAGCCACCAGAUUAUUAUGAUUUCCCUGCUGCUGCUGGAGUAGGGGAUGUUGGUGCUAGUAGUAGUAGUAUUGGUGGUCCUACUGUGUAUGAUGAUGGCUAUGGGGACAAUGUAAUUGCUGAUGGAUAUGAGUCAAAUUCAGUGCUGUAUGACAGCAGUUAUGUGCCAGACAUGGACUUGGGGAACUCAGUGAGGGUGAGAAGGAGCAAGCCAGUCAAACUCAGACAUGGACUUGGGGAACUCAGUGAGGGUGAGAAGGAGCAAGCCAGUCAAACUCAGUUACCCACAGUUUGGAUCUUCAAGGAUAAAUCUGGCAACAAAACCAAAGCUGAAAUUGAUGAGCCCAGUGCUUCAGACAAGAAUACAGACUCAGAACACUCUACUUCUUUGACAGAAGACUCUGGGUCCACAACAAGUUCUACCAAUGCUGAGACAACAGAAUCUACAGCAUCACCAAGCAGUAAUUCUUCAGCUACAGGAACUACUCCAGCUUCCAAUACUACCUCUGACUCUACAACCCCAACUGCAAAAGCUGGCUCAAGUGAAGAAUCUUCAUCUACAAGUACCAAAUCCAGCACAGACUCAGGUUCAUCCUCUUCAGUGGAGAAAAGUGAAACUAGUUCCAUGGCUUCCACCACAAGUAAAUCAGAUGAUAGUUCUGCUGCUACAUCUGCUGACCAUGCUGGAGAAUCUACUAGCCCUCAGGCAACAACACAAAGCUCUUCAUUGUCUGCUGAAUCAACUACAAAUCCAUCUUCAUCAGAUCACAGCACUGGGGAGUCAAGCUCUACUGUUUCUUUACCUGGGGCUGACUGA